CUCUCCAUUAAUACUCCCUUUCUCCAUAUAUGCAAACCCCAAAGUUACAAAAAAAACAUCAUAACUCAAAAAUAUGUAAAACAAAGAGACAAUCUCAUCAGACUUCUGAAAAAAUUAAACCCCACAAAAUUUUGUUUUCUCUCUCUUUUCCAUCUAGCUCAAUUAUAUCACUUUCUUUUUUAUUUAAUUCAUUUUCAUUUUUCUUGCAUUAAGAGCUUUCACUGUCUUCACUCUGAUUAUGAUUCUAAUAUAAGCCCUGGCAUGUGCUACUUUCAAUUUUCUCUUAGCUUUCUCUUCCAGGGUGGAAACUAAUUGGGCUUUUGUACUUUGAGUAGUGAACAAGUAUUUCAGUCUGAAAAUUAUUGUAAACAAGCUAUAAGGGUAUGGGCCUUGUACUAGAUCUCUAUCUUUCACUUUACAUUUAAUUUGAUUUCUAUUUUUGUUUACCAUUUAACAGGCGAUUCCUGUUUUGGGUUUUGUCUUUUUUAUUUCUCUAAUUUGCUUUUUCUUUAAUACUCCACAAUUUUCAUUUUUUAAUUUAACUAAAAACAGGAGUAGGUAUAUAUGGAGGCUAUAUAAGAAGAGUGUUAGGGUUGCCUAGACUACAAAGAGUGCUAAGAGGGGUUGUUUUUCUUUGUUCAUCAUCAUCUUUAGAGUCUUUUCUCUCUCAAUCAAAUCAUCAAUAUGGCUUCAUCAAAUAGACACUGGCCUAGCAUGUUUAAGUCCAAACCCUGCAAUUCUCAUCACCACCAAUGGCAACAUGACAUCAACUCUUCUCUCAUUCAACAAAGAGCCCCAUGCAAUCCAGAAGAGAGAAGCCCAGAGCCAAAGCCAAGAUGGAAUCCAAGGCCAGAACAAAUUCGGAUACUCGAAGCUAUCUUCAAUUCAGGAAUGGUGAAUCCUCCAAGGGAUGAGAUAAGAAAAAUCCGAGCCAAACUUCAAGAAUAUGGACAAGUUGGUGAUGCAAAUGUGUUCUACUGGUUCCAAAACAGAAAAUCAAGGAGCAAACACAAGCAGCGCCACCUUCAAACAAAAGCUCAACAACAAAAUAAUUCCCAAGCCAUUACUGCUCCAUCUAAUUCUUCUUCAUCAUCCUCUGAUAAAUCCACUGGCCACCAUCAUCAUAACAAGUCUUCUUUGACUUUCUCAAUUGGUUCAUCAAAUGUGAUGGACUUGCUCAAUUCCCCUACUGCUUCAGUGAACCAACAAAACUAUAACAAUGAGUUCUUGAGUACUGAACCUUUCUUUUUUACUGUGCAACCACCACCACCAGCACCAACUCAUGAUCAAUCUACUGCUGCUAUGACACAAGGGUUUUGCUUCCCUGAUUCAACUAGUUUUUCUCACUCUACUUCUGGCCUUUUUCUCAGUGAAUGGAUGGGGAUAAGCCAAGCACCUAGUAGUUCAAAGAAAGCUGAAAAUGAGAAGAUGAAUAAUUUGCAGUACACUGUUACUUCAACUCCAAGUACUAACACUGUUUUUCCUCUUACUACUGGCACUAUUCCAACCAACAGUCACAUUCAAGGGGUGGUGGACCCCAAUGAAGCGGGUCCUGCGAGAUCGAUGGUGUUCAUCAAUGAUGUUGCUUUUGAGGUUGGGAUGGGACCGUUGAAUGUGAGGGAAAUGUUCGGUGAAGAUGCAUUGCUCAUUCAUUCAUCUGGAGAACCGCUAAUUACUAAUGAAUGGGGUCUCACACUUCAGCCACUCCAGCAUGGUGCAUUCUACUACUUGGUUCGCACGUCAACUCCAACUCAUGAUAACACUAUUGAUUUGAUUUAGAAGAUCAGUUGUCGAUGUUGAAGAGAUGGACGCGCGGCGGUCAAGUCAUGUUGUGUUUUUUUUUUUUUCAUCGUCUCUUGAAGAAAAAAGAAAACAAGAAGUAGUAGUAGUAGGGCUUUUAGUCACUGUUUAAUUUGAAGUAGUAGUAGUUAGUAUGUUCCUUGAAGGGACAUUAGUUAUGACAGAAAUUUAAGGACUAGUCUUUGUGUACAAUGUUUCAUGUCAUCACGAAAUGAAACAAUUAUCAUAUUAUUAUAAUAUAAAUGCAUUUUCUGA